GCUUGGGCGGUGGCGAGCAUUUUCACGUUCGGCGACCCAGUUGCCCGGGGCCGAUCAGCGUGAUCCUCGCGGACAAGACCCCCAGAAGGGUCUCCAUCAUCCCACCCUGGACAUCACCCUUAGGGGCAGGGACGGCCGGGCUCCAGAAUGGCCGAGGAGAAGAAGCUGAAGCUCAGCAAUACUGUGCUGCCCUCCGAGUCGAUGAAGGUGGUGGCCGAGUCCAUGGGCAUCGCCCAGAUUCAGGAGGAAACCUGCCAGCUGCUGACAGACGAGGUCAGCUACCGCAUCAAGGAAAUCGCACAGGAUGCUUUGAAGUUCAUGCACAUGGGGAAGAGGCAGAAGCUGACCACCAGCGACAUUGACUAUGCUCUGAAACUGAAGAAUGUCGAGCCGCUCUACGGCUUCCACGCCCAGGAGUUCAUUCCCUUCCGUUUUGCCUCCGGUGGAGGCCGGGAGCUUUACUUCUACGAGGAGAAGGAGGUGGACCUGAGCGACAUCAUCAAUACCCCUCUGCCCCGGGUGCCCCUGGACGUCUGCCUCAAAGCUCAUUGGUUGAGCAUUGAAGGGUGCCAGCCAGCUAUACCGGAAAACCCACCUCCAGCUCCCAAAGAGCAGCAGAAGGCCGAGGCCACAGAACCUCUGAAGUCCGCAAAGCCAGGCCAGGAAGACGACGGCCCUCUGAAAGGCAAAGGUCAAGGGGCAGCUUCAGCGGACAGCAAAGGGAAAGAAAAGAAGGCGCCGCCCUUGCUGGAAGGGGGGCCUUUGCGGCUGAAACCCCGAAGUAUCCACGAGCUGUCUGUGGAACAGCAGCUGUAUUACAAGGAGAUCACGGAAGCCUGUGUGGGGUCAUGUGAGGCCAAGAGAGCGGAAGCUCUUCAAAGCAUCGCUACGGACCCAGGGCUCUAUCAGAUGCUGCCACGAUUCAGUACCUUCAUCUCAGAGGGGGUCCGCGUGAACGUGGUCCAGAACAACCUGGCCCUGCUCAUCUAUCUGAUGCGGAUGGUCAAGGCGCUGAUGGAUAACCCGACACUGUAUCUCGAAAAAUACGUGCACGAGUUGAUCCCCGCGGUGAUGACCUGCAUCGUGAGCAGGCAGCUGUGCUUGCGACCGGACGUGGACAAUCACUGGGCCCUCCGGGACUUUGCAGCCCGCCUGGUGGCCCAGAUCUGCAAACAUUUCAGCACCACCACUAACAACAUCCAGUCUCGGAUCACCAAGACCUUCACCAAGAGCUGGGUGGAUGAGAAGACCCCAUGGACAACUCGGUACGGCUCCAUUGCAGGCUUGGCAGAGCUGGGGCACGAUGUGAUUAAGACGCUGAUCCUGCCGAGGCUGCAGCAGGAGGGGGAGCGGAUCCGCAGCAUCCUGGACGGCCCCGUGCUGAGCAACAUUGACCGCAUCGGAGCCGACCACGUGCAGAGCCUGCUCCUGAAACACUGUGCCCCAGUCCUGGCAAAGCUGCGACCACCUCCUGACAACCAGGAUGCUUAUCGGACAGAAUUCGGGUCCCUUGGGCCCCUCCUCUGUUCCCACGUGGUCAAAGCCCGGGCCCAGGCCGCUCUACAGGCUCAGCAGGUCAACAGGACCACGCUGACUAUCACCCAGCCCCGGCCCACGCUGACGCUCUCCCAGGCCCCUCAGCCUGGCCCGCGGACCUCUGGCUUGCUGAAGGUCCCUGGCUCCAUUGCACUGCCUGUCCAGACACUGGUGUCCGCUCGAGCGGCUGCGCCCCCUCAGCCCUCGCCGCCUCCAACCAAGUUUAUCGUCAUGUCGUCAUCCGGCGCUGCAUCCACCCAACAGGUCCUGUCCCUCAGCACCUCAGCUCCUGGCUCCGGCUCCACCACCACCUCCCCGGUCACCACCACCGUGCCCAGCGUGCAGCCCAUCGUCAAGCUGGUCUCCACAGCCACAGCCGCGCCCCCCAGCACGGCUCCCGCUGGGCCGGGUAAUGUCCAGAAGUACAUCGUGGUGUCCCUGCCACCCACUGGGGAAGGCAAAGGUGGUCCCACCUCCCACCCUUCGCCAGUUCCUCCGGCCUCAUCACCCUCCCCUCUCGGGGGCAGCGCCCUCUGCGGGGGAAAGCAGGACACUGGGGAGAGCCCCCCUCCAGCCCCAGGGACUCCGAAGGCUAAUGGCUCCCAGCCCCCUGGACCUGGCUCCCCUCAGCCUGCGCCCUGAUGCUGCUGCACACCUGCUGACUGUCCUCUCCCCCUCCGGUUUCUACACACACACACACAGAAUGGAAUGGGAGUCAAAGCCUACUUCUCCCACAGCAUUUUCUUUUUUAGACCUUGUACAGUUUCUUGGAAUAAAAAGUCGUUUUUA